AUGAUGACACUUACAAAUAAAUUAACUUUUUUUUUUUUAAUUUUUUCAUUUUCCCUAUUAAUAUGGAUGUUCCAGAAUGUCUAUGAGACAAAAAUCUCUAGAAAAUCAUGGAAUAAGAAAAAAUAUAUAAAUAAUACCUUAGGUGUAAAGGUAAGCAGAUUAUUAUGUAUACAAAAAAAGUAUUAUCAAGCUGGUACAAAGAAACGUCUUAAUUCAAAAAAUAGUUGCUUUAACGAUAUUAAAAAUUGUGAUCCUUCCGAUUAUGUGGCUAUGAUUUUAAAUUCUUAUGAUCCAUCAGUAUCCAAUGAAAAACUUGUUAAAGUAUAUGAAGAAUUAAAAGAAAAUUCCAUGAAAAAUGAAGGAUAUAUACCAAGAGCAAAAGAAAUAGCAAAAUUUAUAACAACUCUUUUAUAUUAUUUAGGAAUAAAAUAUAAAAAGAAACUAAAUAAAAAGUCGUCACAUCCUAAACAAGAAAAAUACGAACGACUUUUUCAGAUUAUAUCUAGCCCCAAAACUAAAAACUUGCUUAGGCUUACUAUUCCAAGUUUAGCAGAAACAAAAUAUAUAUUUUCAUAUAGCCCACACCUAAAUCCUUCCUUAGAUGAAGUAAUUUUUUUUGAAUUAUUAUCACAAGCAAACUCUGUUUAUGCUUCACAUAAUAAAAAUUGA